AUGUCCAAGGAAACUGACUCCGAGACGAAGCCGGUUCGCAGCGACAUCCCCGCCAUGUUUCGGCCCCCCGUGAAUCGCGCCAUGCGCGUGCUGGACCGGUCGUUCUUCAAGCGAACGGUGCCGGUCUCUGCUGCCACGAUCUUUAAGACCUCGGAUAUUGCGACGGUGCGACAAGCACUGCACAAGAAGCGCGACUUGUUGGCGCUGCCCAGAAUGGCCACGCUUCGGGAUAUCAAGCAGGAAGAAGUCGUGCGCAAAUGCUUGUUGCUGCGGGAGGAGAUCAAGCAUGACGGCUUAGAUACGGCGACCUGGUCUCCUACCGUCUCCGAAUUGGUUGAGAAGGGCAUGGUGAGCGUUGGCCCUUACGAUUUGACGAUUGACUAUGAUUACUGGUCCUAUGCCGACAUCAUGGCAUCCAUUCUCCCCGAAGAGCUGUGCGAUGAAAUCCCCCAGGGCUUCACCCAAGUCGGACACGUCUCCCACCUCAACCUCCGCGAACAAUACCUUCCCUACAAACAGAUCAUUGCCGAGAUCCUCUUGGACAAGAACCCCACCGUGAAGACGGUGAUCCGCAAGACCGACGACGUGGGCUCCCACAGCCAAUUCCGCACCUUCCCCUUCGAGCUGCUCGGGGGCGUGAAUGACCUGAACGUCAUCCAACACGAACAGAACUGCGAAUUCCGGUUCGACUACUCGCGGGUGUACUGGAACAGCCGGCUGGAGACGGAGCACCGGCGGCUGGUGGACAAGUUCCGGCCCGGGGAGAUGGUCUGCGACGUGAUGGCGGGCGUGGGCCCCUUCGCCGUGCCGGCGGGCAAGAAGAAGAUCUUCGUCUGGGCCAACGACCUCAACCCGCACGGGUACGAGGUCAUGCAGGACGCGAUCAAGCGCAACAAGGUCGACAAGUUCGUGACGCCGCACAACCAGGACGGGCGCGACUUCAUCCGGUCGUCGGCCCGCCGGCUCCUCGAAUCCCCGCUCACCGUGACCAUCGAACCCAAGGUCCGCCGCAGCCAGAAGGACACCGCGCCGCCGCCGGAGGUGUUCCACCGCCCCACCGUCUUCCAGCACUACGUGAUGAACCUGCCCGGCAACGCGAUCGAGUUUUUGGACGCCUUCGUCGGGGUGUACGCGGGCGAGGAGGCGCGGUUCGCGCCGCACACGGAGCAGAAGCUGCCGACGGUGCACGUGUAUUGCUUCUCGGGCCAUUCCGAGGACGAGCACGACGACCAUGUGGAUAUCUGCCAGCGCAUCUCGGAGCGCAUUGGGUUUGAGAUCACGACGGAGGACCGCGUCGGGGGCAGUGGCCGGCAGGAGCUGGAGCUGGCCAUUCACAACGUGCGGUUGGUGAGUCCCAACAAGCAGAUGUUCUGUGCCAGUUUCCGCCUGCCGGAGGAGGUGGCCUUCAAGAAGGUUUAA